AUGGUUCAAGGAGAAUGGGCUGAUAAAGUUCCAGUUGUCCUGAGUGACAAGCAUCUUGUGAUUGCACUGUAUGAUUUCGCUUCCUCAAGUGACCGGGACUUGGCGCUGACUGUAGGAGAAAAAUUUGAAGUCCUUUGCAGCGAAGGGGAUUGGUGGUUAGCAAAAUCACGCACUACUGGAAAGAAAGGCUACAUACCCAGGAAUUUUGUGGCCAGUGUUGAUAGCCUGGAACAAGAAAAGUGGUUUUUUCAAGGCCUCAGCAGAAAAGAAUCUGAACGCCUGCUAAUGGCCCCAGGCAAUGCAGUGGGUUCAUUCUUGAUAAGGGAAAGUGAAACAAAUCCAGAUGCCUUUUCCCUUUCUGUCAGGGACAACAGCUCAUCUCAAGGGGAUGUUGUCAAACAUUACAAGAUCCGCAAAUUGGACAAAGGAGGAUAUUACAUUUGUCCCAGGAUCACCUUCCCUUCCGUUCAGGCACUUGUCAAGCAUUAUACCACGAAUGAAGAUGGCUUGUGCCAGAGGCUAAGAGCUCCAUGUAUAUCUCUAGCUCCGCAAAGACCCUGGGGCACAGAUGAAUGGGAGAUCCCUCGGGAAUCUCUGAAACUUAUCAAGAAGCUGGGUGCAGGCCAGUUCGGGGAGGUGUGGAUGGGAUAUUACAAGAAUAAUGUGAAAGUAGCAGUCAAGACUCUGAAAGAAGGCAGCAUGGCCCCAGAUGCUUUCUUGGCCGAGGCCAACUUAAUGAAAAAGCUUCAGCACAGCAAGCUGGUUCGACUGUAUGCUGUUGUCACCCAACAGCCCAUUUUCAUCAUAACAGAAUACAUGGCCAAUGGAUGUCUGCUGGAUUUCUUGAAAACAACAGAAGGAAACAAGCUAUCUCUUCCAAAACUUAUAGAUAUGUCAGCCCAGGUUGCUGAAGGGAUGGCAUACAUUGAGAGAAUGAACUUCAUCCACAGAGACCUCAGAGCAGCCAAUAUUCUUGUUUCAGAGACUCUGUGCUGCAAAGUUGCGGACUUUGGCCUGGCUAGGAUCAUAGAGAAUGAAUACCUUGCCAAAGAAGGUGCCAAAUUCCCUAUCAAAUGGACAGCACCAGAGGCAAUCAACUAUGGGGUUUUCACAAUCAAGUCUGAUGUCUGGUCCUUUGGGAUUCUACUAACUGAAAUUGUCACCUACGGAAGGUGUCCCUACCCAGCUAUGACCAAUACUGACGUCAUCCAGUACUUAGACCGUGGUUGCCGGAUGUCCCGUCCGGAAUAUUGCCCACCUGAACUCUAUACAGUCAUGGUGAAAUGCUGGCAGAACAAUCCUGAGGACAGGCCUACAUUUGAAUACCUCCAGUCCACCCUUGAGGACUUUUACACAUCCACCGAAACACAGUACCAGCCUGAGCCUGCGUAUUAG